GCCUGUGGCUCACACAAAAAUACAUCCUGAUCAGAAACUAGGUGAAAGUAUUCAGCAACUUCUUCUAGCAAAAAUUGCAGUCUACUUGAUGACCUUCUUAAUAGUCACCGUGGCAUGGGCAGCUCAUGUAAGGUUGUUUCAGGUUAUAGUGCUUAUAGAUGAUGUCCUUGCUCUUCUAAACCUGGCUUGUAUGAUGAUCAUAACUUUCUUGCCAUAUACAUUUUCCUUAAUGGCCUCCUUUCCAGACGUACCUUUUGGCAUUUUCCUGUUCAGUGUCUGUGCUGUUGUCAUUGGACUUAUACAGGCUGCAAUAGUAGCAUAUGGGUUCUACCACCCACACUUACUGAAUCGGGAAAUACAGGAGUCUGAAAAUCAGAAUUUCUACAAACAUCAUAUCUUAAAGAUUAUCCUAAGAGGACCACUUUUAUGCUUUUUAGCAGCCAUCUUUUCUUUUUUCUUUAUUCCUUUGUCUUACGUAUUUCUUGGGCUCGUAAUUGUUUUUCCGCAUCUCAGUCGAUUCAUUGCAUGGUGUAAAACCAAGAUUGUUGGUCAGAGAGAUGAAGAAGAGGCACACCAUAGCUUAGAAACCUUCACUUUUUAUCUCAGUGAGCCUCUGAGUAAGGAACGGGUAGAAGCAUUCAGUGAUGGAGUCUAUGCUAUUGUAGCAACCCUGCUCAUUUUGGAUAUAUGUGAAGACAAUGUUCCUGAUCCAGGAGAAGUUGAGGAGAAGUUCCAUGGCAGCCUUCUUGAAGCUUUAAGUGAAUAUGGGCCAAACUACCUGGCCUACUUUGGCUCAUUUGUAACAAUUGGUCUUCUGUGGUUUGUCCAUCACUCACUUUUCCUUUAUGUAACAAAAGCUACACGAUUAAUGGGACUGCUUAACAUACUUUCAUUGGCUUUCAUUGGUGGGCUUCCACUAGCUUACCAGCUGACCAGUGAAUUUGCAGAGAAGUCUCACAAUGAAAUAGAGGCCAUUCAGGUCAGCUGUGUUAUCACAUUCUUUGCCAGCAUAUUUCAGUUUGCAAUAUGGACUACAGCCCUUCUCCAUGAAGGGGAAACUUUGCAUCCUUUUGCAAGAUACGGUGGCAAGGAGCAUGCCUUCAUGUUUGCCAAGCUGGCUCUUUACCCCUGUGUAAGCCUCGGGGCCUUCUUUCUAACAUGCUUGUUAAGUGAAUUUAGCACAGCCAUUUUCCAUCUCAUGCAGAUUGUAAUCCCAUUUGCUUUUCUUGCCUUGCGCAUUUUUGUUAGAAUUUCUUUAACAGUCAUAAAGUCUGUGAUGUCUCUGUCCAGACGGAAGGUUGUGUUGUUAGAAGAAGAGGAGGCAUGUUUGUCUCCUACUGAAACACUGUCCUAAAUUUCUGCGCAGUGCAUGUGAAGUUGUUAACUUCAGUUCUUCUAACUAACGUUAUCUUCGUGUGUGGAUUAUAUUGAUCUAAACCAUGGCCUACAUUGGCCAUAACUGGGGGAUAUUUAAGCUUUAGCUGAUCAUGCUUGAGACCCUUUGUCCAAAACCUGCUAUUGAAACAAAUGGGUAAAUAGGGGAGACAAAGAAAAGCAUGUUCCCCUGCCUUUUGAAUUACCCUUUUGGAAAAAAUACUGCUUGACAUGUAACUGCAAUGAUAUCAGUUAAGAAGUGUCCAGAUGCCCAGCAAAAUGCCCUUUUUACUUUCAUAUGGUAGUUGUUGGGGCAGCCAAACGCAGGUACAGAAACUGGUUGUGGUGCUGUAAGCUAGGGAGUGAGGCUUGGAAGGCAUGUAGACCUCUGGAUUUCUGGAUGGUGGAUCAUGGUAGGACAUUUGUGCAUACAGGCUAC